AUGUCUGCCUCCGUUGAAACUUCAUUGGCAUACGCCUCCCUGAUCUUGGCCGACUCUGACAUUGAGAUCAGCGCCGACAACCUGGCCACCUUGACCGAGAAGGCCAACGUCCAGGUCGACAAGAUCUGGACCACUUUGUUCGCCAAGGCUUUGGACGGCAAGGACCUCAAGGAGUUCUUCUUCAACUUCAGCGCUGCUCCAGCUGCUGGUGCUGCCGCCGGUGCUGCCGGUGCUGCUGCUGGCUCUGCCGCCGCUGAGGAGGCUGAGGAGGAGAAGGUUGAGGAGAAGGAGGAAUCCGACGACGACAUGGGAUUCGGUUUGUUCGACUAA